CUCCCCCUUACGCCGUUUGCGUGGCCGCCUCCGCGCAGAGCCGCGCGAGCGCCGGCGGCGGCGGCGGUUGCGCAGUGGAGCUACAUCCGGGCACUGGGGCAGGAUGAAUGCUCCUUUCCAAGAUGGCGGCGGAGGGAGGAGGGAAGGAGAUGAACGAGAUUAAGACCCAGUUCACCACCCGGGAGGGGCUGUACAAGCUGCUGAGCCACUCGGAGUACAGCCGGCCGAACCGGGUGCCCUUCAACUCGCAGGGCUCCAACCCGGUCCGCGUUUCCUUCGUCAACGUCAACGACCAGAGCGGCAACGGGGACCGGCUCUGCUUCAAUGUGGGCCGGGAGCUCUACUUCUACAUCUACAAGGGGGUCCGCAAGGCUGCGGACUUGAGUAAACCAAUAGACAAAAGGAUAUACAAAGGAACACAACCUACAUGCCAUGACUUCAAUCACUUAACAGCCACAGCAGAAAGUGUCUCUCUUCUAGUGGGCUUCUCAGCAGGCCAGGUCCAGCUUAUAGACCCUAUUAAAAAAGAAACUAGCAAAUUAUUUAACGAGGAAAGACUAAUAGACAAGUCCAGAGUAACCUGUGUAAAAUGGGUUCCAGGUUCGGAAAGCCUUUUCCUAGUAGCUCAUUCCAGUGGCAAUAUGUACUUAUAUAACGUGGAGCACACUUGUGGUACCACAGCCCCGCACUACCAGCUACUCAAACAAGGAGAAAGUUUUGCAGUUCACACUUGCAAGAGUAAAUCCACAAGAAACCCUCUGCUUAAAUGGACAGUAGGUGAGGGUGCGCUGAAUGAAUUUGCCUUUUCCCCAGAUGGAAAGUUCUUGGCGUGUGUGAGCCAGGAUGGUUUUCUUCGCGUGUUUAACUUUGAUUCCGUGGAAUUGCAUGGUACAAUGAAAAGCUACUUUGGAGGACUGCUGUGUGUGUGUUGGAGUCCCGAUGGGAAGUACAUAGUGACGGGUGGAGAGGAUGACUUGGUAACAGUUUGGUCUUUUGUGGACUGUCGAGUAAUAGCAAGAGGUCACGGACAUAAAUCGUGGGUCAGUGUUGUUGCGUUUGAUCCGUAUACCACUAGCGUAGAAGAGAGCGACCCGAUGGAAUUUAGCGGAAGCGAUGAGGAUUUCCAAGACCUUCAUUUUGGCAGAGAUCGAGCAAAUAGCACGCAAUCUAGGCUAUCCAAAAGGAACUCUACAGACAGUCGUCCAGUAAGCGUUACGUAUAGAUUUGGUUCGGUAGGCCAGGACACGCAGCUCUGUUUGUGGGAUCUUACAGAAGAUAUCCUCUUCCCCCACCAACCUCUCUCAAGAGCAAGGACACACACCAAUGUCAUGAAUGCCACAAGUCCACCCGCUGGAGGUGGUGGAGCUAACCCAGGAAGUAACGGAAACAGUAUCACAACACCUGGAAACUCUGUACCCCCUCCUCUUCCACGGUCAAACAGCCUUCCACACUCUGCAGUCUCAAAUGCUGGCAGUAAAAGCAGUGUCAUGGAUGGUGCCAUUGCUUCUGGUGUUAGUAAAUUUGCAACCUUAUCACUACAUGAUCGGAAGGAAAGACACCAUGAAAAAGAUCACAAGAGAAAUCAUAGCAUGGGACAUAUAUCUAGCAAGAGCAGUGACAAACUGAACCUAGUUACUAAAACCAAAACGGACCCAGCUAAAACUUUGGGAACACCUCUCUGUCCCAGAAUGGAAGAUGUUCCCUUGUUAGAGCCUCUAAUCUGUAAAAAGAUAGCACAUGAAAGACUGACUGUGUUAAUUUUUCUUGAAGACUGUAUAGUCACUGCUUGUCAGGAGGGAUUUAUUUGCACAUGGGCAAGGCCUGGUAAAGUGAGUGAAAGCCUCUGAAUCUUGCUGCUUCUUCCAUCAUUGCCUCAAAAGGCCUUCUGUAAAUUCCUGGCACUGCCAGCCUAAAGAAAGAAUUGGAUGGACUGCUGAAGCAGACUUGCAGCGUUUAAUAUAAUUUGCCUUGAGCCAGUGCUACCUUUCCCUCAUUUUUAGUAGCCAUCAAAAGACACGCUGGAUAAUUGGGCAGUGCACGGCAAGGUCUGAGUUCUGUGGUUGCUCUGGUGCUGCCGUCAGUGGAAAAAAACAAAUCCAGAAAGUUCUUUUCAGCUGUGCUCCUUAGGAUAGGCUGUACAGUGCAUACAGCGUCCUCGCCGUUUGUCAACAAGCUCUCCAAAUUGCUAUGUCACGUGUAUAGCGUAAUCAUACCUUGAGCUUCCUCACUGGCUGUCCCAUGCUUGUAUCUCACUCCCAGAACUAUUAUGCUAGCUCCCGAUCAGAAUAAGGUCAAGUAAAUGGAAAAAUUUUAAUAAGAAACAAGUUGAUUGAGACUCAGGGUUCAUUAAAAUUUUUUACUCUCAUUUUUUCUUAGCCUGUUUCGGAGAGAAGGUUCAGGGUAGUAAGAAAAAUAGGUUGCCUUAACAAGAGUAUGGACUUCCUCAACUACAUGGUGACAAUUAACUGUCUCCUUUUCCCCGUUUAUUUCCCAGCCCUGCAGAAAAUGUAAAUGGCAUUAUAGAGCUGUUGUAUUUGUCUUAAGACAGGGGGAAAAAAAAUCUGAGAGGAACUGAGGUAGGCUUCGUGUCUGACCUUUAUAGCUCCUUCAGACUGAAUUACAGGAACUGCAGAAGCAAUUAAAAAGCAAAGCAACAACAACGAGAAGAAAAAACCAAAGCAGGAAAACACUAAAAACAAACCCCUAAACAAAGAGUGAAGUGGGGCCUAGAGAUGCACAACAAGCUUUCUCUGAGCUGAACGGCCAGAGGAGCCCUCUGUGACUUCUGCUCGCUGCCGUGUGCGGCUCAGUUUAUUGACAUGAAACUGCUGCUGAGUUGCUUCCUUUGUCAGAAAGCUCAAGGUAGGAUUGGGCAGAGCCACGAGCAGGUGAAAUGGCAGUGUAUAACCUAGCAAGACAAACACGUUACCAUCUUGUAAAACAAAUGCACAUGGAAUGUAUUUAUUUGACUUAUUGUACAGGAAAACUUAGACUUAAAUUAUGACAUCCUUGAACUUUCCAGUUAACUACAAUUGUAGUACAGUAUCAUGUCUUAGUAUGACUUCUGUUUUAGUAAGAGUACUUAAACAUUCAUGCACUAUAUUUUGAGUGAGAUGAGCAGCUAUACAUACUAAUUCUUCCUCAGUGGAAAGGAGCAUUUCAUCGUUACAAUUGAAGUUCAAUUGCUGGUAUUUAAGUACUAUCAAAUAGAUUUCUUUCAACGUGAUACGGUAUCUGUAUAAACUUCAGGGAUGACUCUAGUAGAACUGAAACACAGCUACGACUUCAGGUCACCGUGCUGAAAUUUGAGGCUUUCUGUAACGUGCAUAAUGGCAAAGUUGCACAGAGCAUACCCGCAUUAUCAGGGUGAACUUAAACCUAGUACACUGGCGUGAUAUUUAUAGCAAGGUGUGUGUGUGCGUGUGAGAGGAGGUGCGGCUCCGCCAAGCCAGGAAAGACCACGGCCCUCAAAGGCUUUAUGAUGAGGAUGUCUGGAUUAGGAAAUAACAUGACUUUUACUAAACGCUUUUUAGAAGACCCGUGUUCCGAAUUAUCACCUCUUACAAUUUGGUUAUGUACUUGCGAUGACUGUAUAUGUCUGCCCCUUUAACAAUAUAAAGCUUCUAAAUUAAUAUUUAAAAUGCUGGCCUGCUUAUGUUACAGUAAUAAAAUUUGUGUCAGUUAAUUCACUGUCGAUUUACAUGUAAAAAUUAAACAAUAUUUUUUCUGCAUUUUAUGAAUUCUGUAUACUGGACUUUGUUAAAGAUUGCCAUGUUAGGUGAUACUGUACAAAAUUGUAUUGACUACCUUUAGUGAAAAUCAAAAGUAAAAUUCAUAUGUAUUUCCUUUUUACACUUCCAUCUAAUUUCUUGACAACUUGAAUAAAUUUCAUAGAGCCUUUCUAACAUGAACUAUUGUUAAUUUAACUGUUGCAAUAAUUAAGCUUUAAGAAGUAUUGUUGGUAUAUUUAUAAUUUUAAGAAAAUUAUGUUUGUUUCAUACUGCUUAUUUUUAGCUGUUCUAUUGUCACUGUUACAGCUGAAGAACUUUACUAAAUACUUGACAUUACAAAAUAACUUGCUGGGGUUGUCCUCUGUAUACUGAUGUUAAAUAAAAAUGUGUGAUUGAACUGUAAAUGUAGAUAACUUUCAAUAGUCCUUUUCCAUGUUUGAGUUCUAACUUAUCUUGCAGUCUGUAGUGGUCCUUUGCUUUCAUACUGUGCUGAACAAACGGCCACAAUGCAAACUGUUAACUUGCCAUGUUUUAAAGUAAGUUGAGCGCAUCCUGUAACCAGCUCUGAGUAAAUGUUUCCCUCCAGCUCAAGAUAAUGCAUACAUUUUGAUGUUUAAAUCUUGCUGAUAAGAUUGUGUCUUCUGAUAUAUAUACAUAUAUAUAUUUUUAGGAUUAGAGUAACAGAGUAUUUAUAAAACCAUUUAUGAACUUUGUUUAAGCUCAGAUUCAAUAAAACACAGACAUGGAUGUUUCUAGGCUGGUUCUGCCUAGCCACCAAGCAGGAGCUGGGCCGGGGCAUUUGCUGUUCCUUCUAGGACUCUCCAGGAGCUCUUUCUUCUGUGGACUCUAGCGCAGGGUACGUUGUUUAUUCCAGUGUUAGACUUUGACAUUUACCUAAUGACAUUUACCUAACGAAUGCUGAAUCUACAGCCCUGAGGAUAUGGCUUGCUCAGAUGAUUCAUGCGUCUUUAGUCUAGGAAAGCUUUGACUAGUCUGGAAAUAAGCUCAUCUGAACUUGAAUCGCUUUAGGUAAAGUUGCAUUUCAUCUGGGUGGCCUAAGGGUGGCUUCACCCCUGCAGCCAUAGCUCUGUGUUAACUCCUGGAGGAAGCAAACAAGUGAUGCUUAUUGCAGUGUUUCAGAGGCACUUCUGAGAAGUUUCAGUGGUGUAGUUUCUUAGUGUCACUCCUGUCUGGCUGAGGUAGGGCUCUCUUCACCUCUUAGGGAAGUCAUCUGUAGACUACGACUGAGGAAAUGCUCUCUCUUAAAUGAACCUGAGAACAUACUGAUACUUCAGAAGGUACCGGCUGGCCACUUUGUGUAUAAUGUGUGUAUUUAAGAACAGAGGCCAAUGGAAAAACAAAAUAAAUCAGUCCCGAAAGCUGAUGUGGGCCAAUUACAUCAUGUGAUGCAAGAACAGGUUGUUCAAACCAGUUCUCUACCGUCAGUGUGUGGAAACCAAACCAACUUCACAAGGUCUGCAGUCACAGAAGAUAACAAAAGAUGACUUGGAACAUGCAAGCGAGAAGACACCUUCCUUUAUUUAAUGACGUUGCACAAACUUGUCAAGGAAAUAACUUGCUUGGUCACAUUAUUUUCUGUUUUUCAAGUUGGAUGUUAGGUAGGUGCUUCUUCCUUUGUUUCAUCUCUUCUCAUGCUGAGAUCAUGUUUAUUCUACAACUAACCAAGAUGAGCUUCCCUUCAGUCAUCUGAUUCUCCCCCAGUUUUUCUCCUGGUUUAUUUCAAUUGCGUUAUUUCCUAAUCUAGAAAGUUAAAACCUUAACUGGCUUUUAUAGUUUGGAGAGGCUGGAGAGAGAAGUGUUCUGGCCAUGUGAGCCGUCACUGCCUGAAUGAACCUGCAGUUCUUAUUGACUGAGUGAAAUCAGGUUUCUGCUGGCAAAAGCAUUCUGUGCUUUCCGUGAUGCUUAGUUGCACCUUACUCUUCUCCAACAGGAAAAUAAGCAAAAAUUCUUCCAUUUGCCAUUCAAAAACUAGUCUUGAGGUAACCAUACCUUGUACUGCUACACAGGCAAGAUUUUUUGCUAGUCUUCUAACAGCUUCUCAUUGAUGGCAAGCAAAAUGGUGAUGCAUCUCCAUUACAAGAAAAAUUCCUCUGAAUAUGGAGAAGUGAAGGGCAAGUGUUGCUACUGCAUGCUUUCAGGAGAUCUGAUCUGCCAAAUGGUUCAAGUUAUGCUUUUCUAUAACGCUACUAGAAUAAAACAAAGCCAACCAAGUGCAAAUAACAUUUAGAACUCUACAGUAUACAGAUUGUAAAGAUAGGAGGGCAGAGCCAAACUGAUAGCUGAAUUCCAUACAGAAUGUUUCUCUGUAGCAGGUUUUGUUACUGUUCAGCAAGCACUGCCUUGGAACUUCCUUAACCUUCUUCAGUGAUAAAUUUUGACUCUGUCAGAGACUGAUUUACUAAGUAUCUGAUUUAGUAAAUAUGUGCAGUUCAAUGAUUUAAGCUAAUAAAUGCUGACUCAUCUGGAGAAGAAUCUGUUGGCCAUUUGUUCACACUAAUCUUAAUCCAAUUCAGCUGAUUUGACUGCAGGAUUUUAAACAGAUGUGAAAAAUCUCAUUUUGUUGGAGCAUAUUAUUGCUCAAAGGCGGGAUUAGGCUGUGGGACUUGUGUCAAGUGAAGCGCUCAGUCUGGAUGACUUUUUGUUUCAGGUGACUCUGAAUAUCAGUUUUGAACAAGAACUGUGUGCGCAAUGCUCUGCCAGUAAUUACUAUUUCAUAUAUUGGCAAUAGCAGCAAUGACAGCACAGAUCGAUGGCAUUUUUGCAUGGGUGUUCGUUAACUCCGCUAUUGUUUGUUGCUGGCCUAAUUGCAUUAGCGACGUGUACUGUGGGACCUGUUGGCCUCUGUGCGUCCAGAAAGUUUUACAUUGGUUGUAUUUGCACUCAACUGUUUGCUUCACUGCUUUUUCACCUACUUUUCAAUUUCCAAGCAAAGCAGAAUUGUGCAGAGCUCUGCCAUCCAGCCAGUUCCCCAGUCACUGCUGUUAGCAUCCAGUAACAGAGCUGUGCAUUCACACACAGGCAGCAGCUUUACGGUGACUUGACCAUGUGUCCAAAUGUGCAGUUUGCUGUCUGCAUCAGUGACACCUUUGGCUCCAAUUAGUGCUGUUCUAAUUUACAUAAAGAAAAUAUUAACUCUGUCGCUAUUGAUAGCUUUUAUUCUGAUUAGCUGUGUCUUCCUGAUGUGUUUUUCCCAUCAGCUGUCUCAUCCUGAUCUUUCACACUAUUCACAGAGUUUCUAUUAGGAAACUUUGUGUUUUGUGUAAUUGAGGAAAAAAAGCAGAUCUUAAAAACAACUCCCUGCCAUCUCAGGAAUCGUGAGGGCUGGCCUCUGCAGGGCUUUCUGAGCAGACCACAGGGCUGAGCACUGUGCAUUUGGAUGGAAAUGGUCAUUUUGAUUGCGUUUGUUACACUUUUUAUUCCCAUGCAACCCUAUUGAUGCCUUCAAAGUUUUUACUGAAUACACAAAGCGCUGUGUGUUUCAGGAAGCCAGAGAACGUGUGGAUCAAUGUGGUGUGGCAGCGUGCCCUGAGACUGCACGUGUGAUGCUCCCACGUUGCUGAUGGCAGAAAAACAACCCAGCCCUCUGCCAAAGAGGCCCAGUGGAACAGCAAUGAUGCAGCACCUCCUUGGGGCUCUCUCUGAGGUUCUGAUGAAGGUGGUCCUAUCCCAUUCCUGACUUGAGUUUCAUAACUGCUCUGUUUCUCACCCCCUGCCAACGUCACGUGCUGACAGAAUAACAGUGCUAAUAAAAGACUGCAUUUAUUUUCAAAACUUUUCUGAACAAUCUCUUGAUUUGUCUGUGUUGCAUGCUGAGCACGGUCUGUUUGUUCUUAAGCUAAGCUGAUGUGCGCUAUGUGCUCUUCGGCGCAGCGGAUCUGAAGCUGCGUUAUCUCCAUUAUUCACUUUUUCUGUCACAGCUAUUAAGCAGCAGUGUUUCUGUUGCUCUAAUGAGGUUUUGUUCCAUGCUUCAGCACCCGCCUGCCCAGGCUGGGUGGUUUCACCACAGAAAGCGCUGUGCUCUGAUCCCUUCAUCCUUUGUUUCCACAAGGGAACUUUGAGGUUGUUACAACCUUUUUCCUGGAGAAUGCCAGUUGAAAUAUUGCAGUCCCACAGCCUUUGUAUUACAGAUCGCAGUCUGACAUGGUAGUUUUUGUACCAAAACUUUUGGGAGCUGUCGCAUGCUUUUCUAAACAAGACUUCCUAAAGCUGCUUUGUUGUGGCAGAGCUCCACAGAAUCUUUCUUGCUACUCAGGACCUACCUGGAAUUCUUAAAUUCUUACCUUCCUCUAUGAAACUUUCACACCUGAAGCCCUGACCUUCUUGCUUUCCUUGUAUGAACAUCCGUGGUCUGAGAUGAUUUUGGAAGACUAAGUGUCCAGAGGAACUCGCGACACUGACCAGUGGCGCAGAAGUGAACGUUGGGAUAGCGAUUGCACUGCUGUAACUUGGUCAUGUUUGAAGAAGAUACUUGCUAAGUUUUAGGAUGUGUACACGCAUCGAUCAUAACGUUCUCUGCAGUUUGGUGUCCCUGUGCCCUGCCUGCUCACAGAUGCAGGAAUCAUUUAGAACAAGGGCUGCUCGUGUGCCAGCUGUGUGGGCUUUGCUUGCAGGCAAUAUGCACAGCGUGGAAGAUGAAACCAGGGCUGAGAGAAUCUGUGUGCCUGGUCUUGGAACUUAUGUGUUCCAGAGCUGGUUGUAGUCGCUGGGGAAUCAGGCACUGCACUGCAUUUCAGCACUUUGCUACCGGUUUCUGCAGGAGCUGUGGGAAAAUAAAUGACUCUUCAUUUCUCAAUUAUGGUUGCAUUAUAAAUGCAGUAUUAGAAUAGUGCUUAUUUCUCUUUGCUUGAGCUUGAUCCUCCUGAAAGAUCCCUACUAUUUUCUGUGUGCUUAUAAAGCACAUAUUUGCAUAUGAACCAUUUGUCUUUCUUAUUGAAGAUUUACAAUAAUACUUUUUGGACAUCUUUUUCCAGGGUACAUGAAACUUGCUUAGUGGAUGUAAUCUUGCAAGACAGACGUUCCAGUUGUUGCUGGAUAUAAUUGACUUCUGAAGAAGGCUUUGGUAAACGAACUGUAGAGUUGUGUUUCGUCUUCCUUGCUUUGAAACCUUUCUUGGUAAAAACUGUCAGGAGUGUUCAGUAGCUUGUUUGCUUUUAAAAGUGUGCCUUCUCGUUACUCCGUAAAUAAUAAUAAUGAAACUUUUUCUUCUUACUGAAAAUGCAGCGUCUCUGAGUUGAACCCAGCCCAUCCAGUCCCCUUUCCACCCCUGUCUGUGGUCAGGAUAUUUCUCCAUCAGUAGUGACUUUUCAGUUCUGCAGCCCAAGCAAGAAAGAGCUCCUGUAGAUUCUAAAGAUGUGACCUAAUUCUGCACUGUGUGUUAACUGCUGCCCAAACCUGUCGGCUUUGAUGAGUCACAGGAACUUUAUUUUUGAGGUAAGAAACUAAGCUGGUAGCUAUUGAGAGGAAUUGGUAAAAGUGCAUUUAUCAUGCCCACCGUGUAGUGCAAGUGGCACAGCGAUGGUCACUGGUGUGCUUCCAGCUUAGCUGCCAUUGUGUGAGUCUGCUGGCAGUUUUAAGUAAAUAGUGACAAUGCAAGAAAAUGAAAUUGUAAUUAGAUAUUAAGCUUUUCCUAAAUAACUGGUGUAUGGUUCCUUUUAUGUGAAUAAAUUAAAAGGGACUACUACACAUACAUCGAAAGUGGGGUCUUUUGCCCCUGGUUUGGCUGCCUUAACUCAGAACGGUAGCCCCUGCUGAGCUAGGGCUGCCACACAGGAGCAGAAUUACACUUGGAAUAAAGUCUCAUCUUAUUAGAAUGGCACUGCAGAUUAAAUAAGUUCUGAACACAAGCUCAAGUUGUAAUGGGAAAUUUCACUGAACUCUGACUCAGUGUGUCCUUCUCCUUACAAUGACAUAAAUAACUCAGUAUUUGGUUAGAGAACCUAGUUUUCUGUUUAAAGCUUGUAAUGUUCAAUAGCAUAUGAGACUGAACGUUCUCCUGUAUCAGGUUAGUUGUCAACCUUGCUGCUCCUGAACCAGAUUCGUUUGUUGACACCCCAAAACGAUCGCUUUUUGGUGUACCACCUUUGGGGCGCAAGGCAGACUGAAACCCAGUGCUGGAAUCCUGUGCACCACGCGUCUGAAACGCACACGUGUCCUGACGUACUGAAAGCUCUUCUGUGUGCUGCUGACUGAUACCAUAGUGGCUGAGGUUCUUUUGUGGGGAAGGAGGUGCUGGUACCUUCAGUAAGCAAGUGGUGGUAAAACUAAAUUGUACUAAUUUUAGCUGCAGGCUAAUAAUUUUAUAAAAGUACUCUCAGGUUCUCUUGCUGGAUUAAUGUAAACUGCUUUGUUUGCAGGGUUUAUUGUCAUCCCAAAACCAGGCCAAUUCUCCAAGUGGAACUGUAGUAUAGCCACCACACUACUGCUAGCAAAUCUCUGAACACAGGACAAGAAGUAAUGGCAAUGGAACCAGGAGCCGUUCUUCAGGCAAAGAGCAUCACAAAUUAUAAUGUGGCAGAGUGUAAACAUGGAAUUAUGUGAAUCACAUAGUAAUUUGAAAAGGAAUAAUGUAAUGAGUUCUUAUUACAGCUAAUACUGCUAGCUGCUCACCCAAGGAAGUUUUCAUUUGAAAAAAAAAGCUUCCUUUGGUGCUGCGGUAAAAAAUAUAGUAACAUUUUUGGUUUUCUUUAUACUUUUGAAGUCCAGUGUAAUUUAAUCUAUAUAUAUAAAUAUAUAAAUAAAAAUAUAUAUAGUGUAAAAUAAAGUAUGUUUCUUAAAUUGAAGUAAGUUCAAUGGUUAAAUUAGUACUUCACCAUUGUUUAUUUUGCACUGAUUUUUUUAACCAGAGGUGGCGAGAGGACAGCCUGGAAUGCACUCAUAGAACAUGAAAGUCAUUACUUUCCGGCUUCAAAUGUUAUUCAGGAAGAUGGAUGCUGCAAUCAUAGAUUUUUAAAACAGAAUUGUUUUGCACUUAAAUAGUUUAAUGCUAAUAGAAAAUUACUUUAAAAUCGGUGUCUAAACACCAGAAAAACUAUGUUGUGGAGAGAAGAUCCUUUGUAUCUAUUAAACAUUUAUUUUAAUAUUGUUGUUUCCAACUGCAAUCAGCUCUGUAAUAUAUGUAUAAAUAAUGUAAUUCAGUGACGGGGAGGGGAUUAAUGGAUCAUUACACUAGAAACUCAGUCAUUUAAGAAAGUGAUAUUUCUAAUUCAGAAAAUACAUAUUAAACUAUCUUGAAUAUGCAUUUUUGUUUACUUUCUGUUCAAAUUUGAUCCGUUUUGAUGUAAUCAAUCCUUUGUCGAAUUAAAUGUUUGGUACAGAAAUAUAAUAUAAACUUUGUAGAACAAAUUCCUUUUAAAAAAUCUCACCUGGAACAUUGCUUCAUGUUUAAUAUAGUUGAAUUUUGACUAGGAAAAUGAAGUAACUUUGGUCCGUUCUCAUUCUUCAAUGGUUGAUCUCAAAGCACAUCAGGCAGCGGAAAUCUCGCAGACAGCUUUGUGGGGUGAGGAUUCUGUAAUCCCGUAAUGCUGCCUGUUUGUCUGGGAGUUUAGAAGUGAAUAAUCCAGCAGACAGCCACCUUCUGACCUGGCAAACUUAAAAUGAUGUCAGCAUGCAGAAGACAUGGUUUUGAGACAACUUGUUGUUCCCUCUUAGAGGCAUCUCGUUUACAAUUCAACAGUUUUAAACUGAUAACUAUUAUGGAAGUGCACCUCACGCAUUUGUACAGUUUAAUGCUGCUUGUCUAAACACAAAUUUAAGUCACUGGCAACAGAACAUUUCAACUGCUUUUUGGCAUUUCUUGCAAAGAUUGAAAAAAAGAGAGCUGCUGUUUCAUCCCAAGCCCCAGCAAUGACCUGUGUCCCUGGCAUCUCUCAGUGCUGAGCAGAAACACGCAGCCUCUUGGCCAGUCUUGCAGAUGGGCAUUGGGUCAGCAGAGCAGAGCUGAGGCCACAAGCCUGAGAGUGCAGCGUGCCUGACAGUAGGCAGGAGCUGUGCAUGAGGCCGUAAUUCAGCGACCAACUGCCCGUCCUGCUCCCAGCCACGUAGCUGGGUUGGAAUGCUUUUAAUUGCAAGUAACCAUUAGGCACCUUUAGGCAGGAGAUGAAUGAAAACCUGGAGAGAAACAACUGCAUAGCUGCUUGUAACUACAUCUCUUAUUCUCAUCAUGCAGCUGGCACAUAAAGAAGUGCCAGCUGUAUUUAUAAACUGGCAUUUGGAUUGUCUACAUCAUUUAAAGACAGAACUGUACUUUACAACUCUCACAUAUUUGGGGUUUUCUAAAAUAGAAGGAAUGGGGAAAAUACUGAAACUGAGCAGCAUUAUUGUUCAGAAGUUCUGUUUUAUUAACGUAUUGGGUUUAGCUGUUAAAAUACAGAUAAACCUUGUCACUGACAACUAAUGCACUUACCUCCCUGGAGAGUUCUUUGUAUGAGUGCUUCAUACUGUUUGAGUCAAAGUGAAACAGCUGAGGAAAAGAUGUAAUAAAGGCCUUUAAAGGACCAGCUGUAG